CUAAAAGGAAACCCCCACCAAUGGGUGAAAGAGCUGAUGGGAGAAGAAAGUUAGAUUGUUACUAACAGGGAAAAAAGACCAGGCUCGUGGCAGCGAGAACUAAUUUCCAAAAUGGCUACUCCUCUGAAAAGGGACAUAAACACAAGUGACCAAGAAGAUCAAAAACCUAAGGAAGAAGAGGACUUGGAACACUUCUCAAAAGAACGACUAAUGUCCAAGAUGGCUACUCCUCCAAAAAGAACCAUAAGCACAAGUGACCAGGAACACCAAAAAGAAAAGGAAGAAGAGAACUUGGAAGCCUCCUCAAAAGAACUACUGAUGUCCAAGAUGGCUACUCCUCCAAAAAGAACCAUAAGCACAAGUGACCAGGAACACCAAAAAGGCAAGAAAGAAGAGAACUUGGAAACCCCCUCAAAAGAACUACUAAUGUCCAAGAUGGCUACCCCUCCAAAAAGCACAAGUGACCAGGAACACCAAAAAGCCAAGAAAGAAGAGGACUUGGGAGCUUUCUCAAAAGAACUACUAAUAUUCAAGAUGGCUACCCCUCCAAAAAGCACAAGUGACCAGGAACACCAAAAAGCCAAGGAAGAAGAGAACUUGGAAGCUUUCUCAAAAGGUAAAGGAGAAGGUAAACUUCUUGAGAAACUAAUAAUAUUCGAGAUGGCUACUCCUCCAAAAAGAACCAGAACAAGUGACCAGGAACACCAAAAAGCCAAGGAAGAAGAGGGCUUGAAAGCACCCUCAAAAGGUGAAGGAGAAGGUAAACUUCUUGAGAAACUAAUAAUAUUCGAGAUGGCUACUCCUCCAAAAAGAACCAGAACAAGUGACCAGGAACACCAAAAAGCCAAGGAAGAAGAGGGCUUGGAAGCCCCCUCAAAAGGUGAAGGAGAAGAACUACUAAUGUCCAAGAUGGCUACCCCUCCAAAAAGCACAAGUGACCAGAAACACCAAAAAGCCAAGAAAGAAGAGAACUUGGAAGCCUUCUCAAAAGAACUACUAAAGUCCAAGUUGGCUACCCCUCCAAAGACAACCAUAAACACAAGUGACCAGGAACACCAAAAAGCCAAGGAAGAGAACUUGGAAGCCUCCUCAAAAGAAUUAACUUCCAAGAUGGCUACUUCUCCAACAGAAACCAAAACCACAAGUGACAAGGAGUACCAAAAAGCCAAGGAAUUCGAGAAGUUGCAUAACUUGUUGAAAGAACUAAUUUCCAAGUUGGUUACUCUUUCAAAAAGAAACAUAAGGACGCGUGAGCAGGAGUAUCAAAAAGCCAAGGAAGAGAACCUGGAAGACCCCUUAAGACGUAAAGAAGUGUUCACAACUGUUGAGAAACUAAAGUCUCUUACGGCUACUCUUCUAAAACAAUACAAAAAAUCAAAUGACCAGGAGCACCAAAAGACCACAGAAGACUUCUCAACAGUUCCAAAAGGUGACAAACUUGCAGAAGACUCUUUGGGGCAUGUUCAAAAUGAUUCAUCAGCAACCUCUUCUAUUCAACUACCCCCAACCUGGAAAUUGAGAGAGUCCCUCUCAGGAACAACCCCUAUUUUACCUCCAGUUCAACCAGCACCUGUGGUCAAUGAGGAAGGAAGGUUGGACCAUCAAACUAGGAGGCCUCAAUUCACUGUCAGUCAUCAGAGGACAACACCAUACCCUUGUAUUUACUGUGGAAGCGUGUCAAGACCACGCUCGUGCUGCUAUUCAAAGGCAAUACAAUCUCUAAAGAACUUGGAGAGGAGGUUUCGAUAUCAUGCUAUUCGACACCAGAUGGAAAGAUACUUCCAGAACCAGCCUGAUGUUUGUGACCAGUGCAAUGGGGAUACCUUGCCUGGAUACCAAACUCGGAUGAAUUCCUCCUUUUUGACUAAUUCCCGAAGGCAGGCGGCCCUGGCCAUGUCAAACGGAGACCCGGCGGCCCUGGCCAUGUCAAACGGAGACCCGGCGGCCCUGGCCAUGUCAAACGGAGACCCGGCGGCCCUGGCCAUGUCAAACGGAGACCCGGCGGCCCUGGCCAUGUCAAAUGGGUACUGCUCCAGUAUUGGCGAUGAGGAUGAUGAUGAUGGCUUUACUUUAAUGUAUGCCUCCAAAAACUUAAAGGGCCCUUUCCACUGUCCCUGUUGUUUAGAAAUCUUUAGUCAUCCAGGAGACUUUCUUAUCCACCUGAAAAAACAUUCCGGUAUCAAAGUUGGCGUCUUGCUUCAAAAACCCAGUUAUUAUCUGUGCCCUUAUUGUGAACAAACCUUCGACUCUUCAGAAAGCAUGCUGGCACAUCAGUGCUCCAACCAGUGAGCUGGGGAGGUAUGCUGUCUGUUGUUCAUAGACUUAAUUUCCAUUAAUCAACAAUUUGCCUAUAGAAUGGAAAGGGACUGGGAGAGGAGGUAUAAUCUGUUUGGUUCUGGUUAGAAUGACACAGUGAUGAAAUGUAGUAACCUAGUUAAGUAAGGGGAACUGGAAAGGAGGAAAAGUGUGAAAGGCUAGUAGAAAUAGGGAAAGAAAGUAUAAUAUAAAAUAGGAAGCCUCAAGGGAGGAACACACUUGCCAUUGGAGAAAAAUAAACUAUAAUCUCAGUCCCAGUAUCUAGCUUGUCUCCCUAAAAUUUAGUAAUAUACAAGUAGAGCUAUUUAUCUAAACAAGCUAAGGUAUGUAAAAGAUCAUCUUGAAGUUGAUUUUUAGCCAGCUUCAAAAGGUUCUUAAUGUUUAUAAACAUCAGCUCAGAGGCCUACUUAUCAGGCUUGUGAUACUGAUAUUUGGUCUGAUCCGUCUGUGUAAAGGUUAGAAUGGAUGGACAUCUCAGACAUGGUAUCUGCUAUAUGGUUUUAAAUGUUUUUAUCUAAAUAAAGUACUUUAAAAAA